UCGCCCCUCAGUCAGUGUCUGGCCGCUCUCGCGGGCGCGCGCCUUGUGACGUCAGAGCGGCAGCGGAGAGACAGAGACGGGAGAUAGAAGGGGAUAGAGAGACACCGACCGACGGACAGAACGACCGACCGAUAGACAGACAGACAGCCUGCCCGGUCACCCACCCAGCCGCCGCCACCCGGGAUAACACCAACACCUCCCCACCGGGACCAUCCGCUGCUGGGACCAGGACCCGGGACCCCCCUCCCCGCCCGCUCCCGCCGGACCCGGGACCCCCCGAGCAGUCAUGGGCUGUACCCUGAGCGCGGAGGAGAGAGCUGCGCUGGAGAGAAGCAAGCAGAUCGAGAAAAACCUCAAGGAGGAUGGGAUUAGCGCGGCCAAGGAUGUCAAACUGCUGCUACUGGGGGCUGGGGAAUCUGGGAAAAGCACCAUUGUGAAGCAGAUGAAGAUUAUUCAUGAAGAUGGGUUCUCAGGCGAGGAUGUCAAGCAGUAUAAACCUGUGGUUUAUAGCAACACUAUCCAGUCCCUGGCAGCCAUAGUCCGUGCCAUGGACACGCUCGGCAUUGAGUAUGGUGACAAAGAACGAAGGGCAGAUGCCAAGAUGGUGUGCGACGUGGUGAGCCGCAUGGAAGACACAGAGCCUUUCUCUCCUGAGCUGCUAUCCGCCAUGAUGAGACUCUGGGCAGACUCUGGAAUACAGGAAUGCUUCAAUCGAUCCAGGGAAUACCAGCUUAAUGACUCUGCUAAAUACUACCUAGACAGCUUAGAUCGAAUUGGUGCUCCGGAUUACCAGCCCACAGAGCAAGAUAUUUUGCGAACCAGAGUGAAGACCACUGGCAUUGUAGAAACGCACUUCACAUUUAAAAACCUCCACUUCAGGCUGUUUGAUGUUGGUGGCCAGCGAUCAGAACGUAAGAAGUGGAUCCAUUGUUUUGAAGAUGUCACAGCCAUCAUCUUCUGUGUGGCGCUGAGUGGGUACGAUCAGGUUCUUCACGAAGACGAGACCACGAAUCGGAUGCAUGAAUCCCUCAAACUGUUUGACUCCAUCUGUAACAACAAGUGGUUUACAGACACGUCCAUCAUUCUUUUCCUGAAUAAGAAGGACAUCUUCCAGGAGAAGAUAAGAUGCUCUCCACUAACUAGCUGCUUCCCGGAAUACACAGGUCCCAACACUUACGAAGAUGCUGCUGCGUACAUUCAAGCACAAUUUGAGAGCAAGAACCGCUCUCCCAACAAGGAGAUUUACUGUCACAUGACCUGUGCCACAGAUACGAAUAAUAUUCAGGUGGUAUUUGACGCAGUCACCGACAUCAUCAUUGCCAACAAUCUCCGAGGCUGCGGCUUGUACUGAUUCCACUGUAUAGCAAUUUAUCUGCUGGUGAAUAAAUGCAAGUUGGUAAACUGAGAUGGCAAAACCGAAAUAUAUAUAUAUAUAUAUAAAUAUAUAUAUAUAUAACCAGUCUUUUUAUUUUGUCUCAAAGAGCUGUCAACAGAAUGGAUUCCCUGACAGCUCUUCCCCUUCCAAAAAAAAUAUAAAAAAGAGGAUUCUUAAUUUGUAAGGAUCUCAUAAAAGGCCAGAUCGAUUAACCCUGUUGGUGCUGGGAGAGCCUGAGCCAUGAUGUGAUUCAUCAUUGAAAGUCUUGACCAGGACUAUAGAGGGUUAGAGAUACAUUUUAAAAAAAAUCCUAUUUCGUAAAGGGAAGAUAAUAUGCUAUUUUGAUCUUUAGGAUGUGUGUGUUGCCCUCAGGACCACACAAGAACCCAUUGAACAUAUAUUCAGGUGCAUCUCUUCUGUUCAGCUCUUGGGUAACAAAACAUACCAACGGAAAAAAAUUUAAUAAAAAGUUUAAAAAAAAAUUGAAAAAAAUAAAAAAAUAAAAAUAAAAUUUCCAAACCAGGUAGAUGUGUUUUUGAGACUCGCAGGACAGUCCACUCAGCUUUUGUGGGUGCUGUUACUGUACGAGGGUCUGUGAGGGAUCAGGGAAGGCCCCUCUAGUCUGUGCAACGCUAAGCAGCGGGUCCCAAUUGUCUUGAAAAGGUAUCAGUGCCAACCCAAACUGCGGAGUGGGGGGAACAGUCUGCAAAUCCAAGGGGGAACCUACCCCCACUGUCUCCCCCUUCUCCGCACUGUUCUAUGGACCCUCAAAUUGACUGCAGGUAGCAUGACCUUUGGCCUUUGUAAAAAACACAGCCUUCCUUAAAGUUGAUGUGUAAUGUUAUCACUGGAUUAGUGAAUGCAUAGAAUGCUGUAAAUCUGGUUUAGCUAAGUCUGUACAUUUAGAAGAAACUUAACAGUUUUUUUCUUUUUUUUCCCCAUGUGCUUGUAGCUUACCACCACCUAUAUUAUCAUUUUUAUUUUUUCUUGCACCAAUUGCAAAGUGACAUCAUUCUAAUUCUCUGUAACCUCUUCAUUGCUGUGGAAGUCAGCAUUGCCCACGCAAAGAAUGGGUUUCACAGAAAUAUCCAUAACUAAUUAUUUUUUUUGGGGGGGGAGGUGGGGAUUGGGGGGUGACUUGGUUUAUUUCUGUUGGACUUGUAACCCUGCGUAGGGAAGAAAAUAAUAUAUAUAUAUUGUAAACCCAAAACGUAAGAACUUUCCAGGGUAAUUGAAAUGUACAGAUCUGAUGUCUGAUUAGGUUUCCAUGCUCUGAACUGUGUAUCAUGCACUCUAUGGGUUUGUAUAGAAAAAGCACAGCUCUCACUUGCCUCCAAGCUGCCGAAACAUUUCUCCCCUAGACAUUUUUGCUCUGAAUUCCGUGUAUUACAAACUGAUAGGCUUAUUUACUUUUCAAUCUCCUUUACCUUCCCAUGUGAAUGCUUUGUGCUGCUUUCCCCCCCCUCCCCCCUUCCUUUUAGUGAAUGGUGUUUUUUCCUCUCAUGUGGGAUGUUUGUGCUGCGAAAAAAAAAGGAAAAAAAACAAAAACAAAAAAAUAACAAAAAAAAUUACAAAUUUAAUCGAAUGUAGUGUUUACAUUAAAUCCACAGUUUUCAUGACCAAACCUUUGUCAUUUCUACUUUGAUUAGAACUUCUUCACCAUUUCACUUGCAAACUGAAGAAGAGCGGUCACAAAUGUUAAAAAAAAAAUAAAAAUUAUGAAUCAAUAAAUGAUCGAGAAAUAAUGCUGGAGCGUGUUCCUUGUAUUCCCGAGCGCUAAAUUUGGUGCUGCCAGCUACUCUCGUUACUAAUGGAAACUCGUGUGUAGCUUAAUAAAGAGAAUGUUUGUCUGUA